AUGAUUGGGGAACCUGAUAGAGGUAACAAAGCUACAAGUAGAGUGAAAGAAGGGCAUCUGAGUGAAUUGGAGGUUGUAAUCUAUGCUCACCGAUAUUUCCAAACUUUUAAGGGCCUUCUUGUGGAUCUCAUAUUCAGCUUCCGUGAACGUAAUCAAAGCAGGGAAUUUUUUGGCAAGAGAACAGCAGAAGAUGCUUUCAGACUUAUAGAGGUAGAACUCAAUUUCAUGUAUGAUGUCCUCUUCACCAAGGUAACCGUAAUUUACACUGGGCUGGGAUACAUAGGCCGGUUUAUCUCAUUUAAUUGUACUGUCGUUUCGCUUGUUCUGUUCUGUUUAGAGAAGGACAAAUACGAUGAAGCUGAUGUUGACAUUACCUACACAUUACUUGGUGGUGCAAUUGCUUUGGAUCUUAUAGCUUUUCUAAUGCUCAUAAUGUCUGAUUGGUUUGUGGUUGCAAUAAGAAAGUUGCCAGAAGUGGAAGAGAAGCCUGCAAGUACUCAGAGUUCUCAGCAAGUUGGUGCUGCUACUACCGCAUCGGAUAAAUUUCUAGACUGGUUUCCAAGGAUCAGGCACAUCUUUAGCCGCAGGUGGUCAGAGUCAAUUUCGACCUACAAUUUGAUCGGCUGUUGCUUGCAUCCGCGGCUUGAGGUUAAGGAAAAAUUCAUUGGUUAUAUUGGAAUGAGCAAUUUCUUGGAUAACCUGAAGUAUGUUGGGACAAAACCAUUUACUCCUGAGCUAAGGGAUCAUAUCUUCACAGAGCUCUUGAGAAAAUCAGAUAUCGCUGAUGAUUUGGAUACUGCUAAGGAGAUUAGUGCAGCCAGAGGUGAUUGGAUUCUCAGAGUUGAUGGCUGUCCUAAGUUGCUGCCUUACAUUUUGGAAGUAGAUUAUGAUGAAAGUCUUCUCCUAUGGCAUAUUGCAACUGAACUCUGUUACAAUGACGAAAUUGAGACAAACAAAAACCAGAACAAUAAAUACCGUGAAUUCUCCAAGCUUCUUUCUGAUUAUAUGAUGUAUCUUCUGGUUAUGCAGCCUGCAAUGAUGUCUGCAGUUACAGGCAUUGGGCAGAUAAGAUUUCGAGAUACUUGUGCUGAGGCCAAAAAGUUCUUUCGUCGAGGAAACCUAAAGAGGAAGAAGAAAGAGCCUAACUUCUUUCAAGUGAUUCUUUAUGUCAUUAUCAGUUUCUUCAAGUAUUUUUUGUUGUGCUUAUAUUUCUUCAUCCUGAGUUUAUUCUUCAUUAUCACCUGCCCAUUGUCAAUCACUCUCGGAUUGAUCAAGUGCCUUGGUGGAGGAAAAUUCGCAGAUGAAAAGAUAGAAAAAGCCAACCAGUACCAUCACACAAUCUUAAACUACUUUGGCAAAGGGAAGAAAAAGGAAAUGGCGGAUCAAAUAAGAGUCUGCAAAAGCAUUCUUGAAGUGAAUACUGAAGUCAAACCUGUGGCCGUCAAAGGAGAUAGGAGCAAAUCAGUUCUGUUUGAUGGAUGCAUUCUGGCCAAAGAGCUCAAAGAUCUCGAAAAAUCGGGUGAAGUGAAAUUAGUGAAGGCCAUGCCAGAGCUAAACUAA